CCUAAUUUACAACUUUUCGUCAGUCGAGCCACAAUCUCCGAGUGUGGUAGUUGAGCGUUAAUUUCAGUGAUCUUAUUUUUUUUUUGGUUUCUGUUUUUUUUUUCUUUAUUGUGAUUGUGAUUUUUUUUUUUUGGACCAUUUAAUUUGCCAAAAAAAAAAUUAAUUUUUCUUUUAUUUUAAAAAAGAGAAGCAAAAUUGUUUUAUUUUUUUUUUUCUCAAAAUGAAUCUGGUUUCCAGAAUGAGUUGGCAGCAUCCAAUUUACAAUCAGGAUUUUUAUCAUCGUCCAGAACAAUUCCCCGGACAAAAUUUUUGGUAUCCACAAUCAAGUCUCGGUAGUGGUCCACUAUUAAAUGAAGACGUCAAAGUUGAACUACAAAAUCGUAAACUUUGGUCCAAAUUCCAUGGCGAGAAUACCGAAAUGAUCAUCACAAAAAGUGGACGGCGAAUGUUCCCAUCGGUUCAGGUGUGCGUAAGUGGUUUACAAAAGCGUGCUCGCUAUGUGGUAAUGCUCGAGGUAACUCCAGCAACGAAUCGUCGUCAUAAAUACGUGAUUGAUGGAAAUUUGGAAUGUCAAAUUGCAAAAACAUCAUCAUCAUCAUCGCCAAGAGGCUGGACAACUGCUGGACCAGCUGAGCCACAACCACCGCAAAAUCGACGAAUUUAUUUACAUCCCGAUGGUCCAGCGACCGGUGCACAUUGGAUGCAGCAUCCAAUUAAUUUUAGCAAACUAAAGAUUACCAACAAUGCCGUGGAUCCCCACAGUCAUGUGGUUCUCACUUCAAUGCAUAAAUACAUACCGAAAAUUUGGAUUAUUCGUUGCGACGAUCACAGAGAGGAUAAUUUAAUUUCACAACCUUGCAAGGCCUUCAGUUUUCCUGAAACAGAAUUUAUUGCCGUGACUGCUUAUCAAAACGAGAACAUCACAAAACUGAAAAUCAACAACAAUCCAUUUGCAAAGGGAUUUCGAGAAACGGGCCAAUCGCGUUGCAAGCGAAAAUUACCAAUGUCCGAGGAUCAAUCGGAUUCACAAGACGAAGAGGGUAAUGUCUCAUCAUCGGACUGUGAAACGGGACAAUUACGCGAUUGUACGACAAUAAAGAGAAUAAAACGAUCGCCAAGUGAGACAGGAAGUGUUACCGACGACAGUGGUAUUAGUAGUUCCGGAGGCGCAACUCCACCACCACCACCAUCAUCAUCAUCGUCUUCCUCAUUGGAAAGUUUCUCCGAGGCGAAUUUCCGUGUUUCACCAUCGCCACCGGGACAUCAUGUCGGUAAUCAAACCCGUCUUUACCGACCGUGGGCCGAUUCACCCUCACCUUGUCGAUCAACGCAGGAAUCUAUCUUACCAACACUCAGUCCAAUGCAGUAUCACUCUCUAUUUUUCCCACUGUUGGCACCUGAACAUCAACAAAUUGCCACUCUUGAAUAUUCCAGGCUACAGCAACUACAAAGAUUUCAAUCAAAUCUUCUUUUGAGUAAAAUGUAUCCCUAAAUUUUUUUUUAGUCAAUUAGAAUCUUCAAACUUUAAAAAGGUUUUAAAAUUAUUUUUUUUAAUUUUUUUUUUUCAAUUCAUUUACAAAAUUGGAAUGUUCCGAAUUAAAUGAUCUCUUAAGUCUAUUAUUGUAUAUAAAAAAAAGAAAUUUCUCACAUUCUAGGAAGAAAAUAGUUUUAUUUAGAUAUGGCCAAAGAAUUUUAUUUUCGCACCAUAAAUAUAUAUAUAUGUAAAUAUACAGCGUUGUAAAAAAUGUACCGAAACGUCCAAAAAUUGUCGAAAAUAAUUACCGAAAUUUUUUUUUCUAAAUCGUCUUUUGGGUUUUUUAAAAAAAAGAUCGAUUUAAAACAAAAAUUCUUUUUUUUUUGGUGGGAUCCGGUAGAUUUUAAUCACUCUGUAUUUAUUUUAUUAUUGAAUCUGGUUUCUUGUGUGAUAUAUCAUUUUUUCUUUUUUUACUUUACUAAAGUUUAUAAAAAUUAUAAAAUAAGUUUUUUUUUUUUGGAAAAAUAUUGUCUCCAGUGUGAAAAAUAUAUUUGAAGAAAAAUACUACGUUCAAAAAAAAUACUUUGUUUUUUUUAAAAACAGGGUUGCCACAGAUCAGGGAAAUUCAUAGAGAAAAAUCAGGGAAUUUUAGAUUAUCGGGAAAAAUAUCAAAAUUUCUCUAAAAAUAAGUACGUUUUUUUCAAUUUAAAUGCAUUUUUUAAAAAAAAAAAAUUUACUUUUAGGUUUAAAAGUAUUCCAGAUUCAGUUUUGAAUAUAAGAAAUGUGCCUUAUAUUUUGUAUAUAUAUUAUUAUUUUUUAAAUAUAAAUAUUAAGAGCAUUUUGUAAAUAUUGAAUAUAAAUUUUAAAUAUUAAGAAAUAGUAAAUCGUUACCAGUUACUGUUCAUUUGUAUAAUAGAAAAAAAUAAAAAUUCAUAAUAUUAUAACAGUGAAUAAUAUUUUUUUUCAUUUUCACAUUAAUACAUUUA